AUGAUUUGGGCAGGAAUCUCAGCGAACGAUAAGACGCCGCUUGUUUUCAUGCCGAAAAAUGUCAACAUCAACACCACGGUGUACCAAGAGCAAGUUUUUAAAAAGUAUGUCUUCCCAUUUAAAAGAAGUCAUCCACAAAUGAUAUUCCAGCAAGACUGGGCACCAGCACAUUCAGCGAUUUCGACAUUGAGGGGAGGGAUAUCUGCGCUGUUGCGGUCCUCUGAAGUGGCUCUGAAUAGGAAAAAUGGGCCUGAAACCAAGAACUAUCCAGAACUAUCCACACUCACCAUAUCAAGCUCCGCCCACCCAGGCAAAUCAGAACGUCAUAACUGA